AUGUCAUCUGGCAGCCUGGCUAUCCACCUGUUUUCUCUAUCAAACAAACUUCCUCUCGGGACUUGCCACUCAUGGACAUACGACCUUUUGCUUUGUCGCCGCGGCAAGUUCCUCAUAGUCGAGCUUUAUUUUCGCUCAUUUGUUGACAAUAACAUGCAAUACGUUGGAUUAGACAUUGGCUUCCACGUUCAGUCAAGUACGCGAUAUACGUUGGCAACUCUCGGGCGCAGCGGCGCUGAUAUCACCGUUGAUGGACCAAGCAUCUCUCGAAUACAGUGCUCAUUUGAGACCCAUGCAGAGAGUGAUGUUGUAAUGCUAUACGAUCGGUCAAACUCGCAAACAACCGAGGUUUUUGGUGUUGGAUGCGUACCAUUUGAACCUGGGCGUCGCCGUAGGAUCGUCGUGCGAUCAGAUGUCAACUGCAUGCUCAGCAUGGGUGGUAACGAAGAGGACCUAGUUCAAUUCCGACUGGUGUGGCACCGGGUUGAGUUUAACGCGAAUUAUGAGGUUGCGAAUCGGGUGGAAACCCCCAUGCAGGCUCGAACCAUAGACAACAUUCCGACGGCGGCACCCAGUCGUCUCCCAUCAAUCCAAGUGCCUGUCCACCACGAGCCGCAAAUAAGGUAUAAAGAAUUGGCUCCGCUUGGGGCGGGAGCUUACGGUACGGUUUCUAAGGUUAUUGAUAUGGAUUCUGGGAAAUUCAUGGCUGUCAAGUGCGUUCGGCCGCCCCCCGGCGGAUUUAAAGACUGGGAUCUCACUCGACUACAGCGAGAAAUUGAGGCACUUUACAACUGUUCUCAUCCAAACAUCAUAGAAUACAUACGAUACCAGAGGUUAUCGGAGCGGUUCGAGAUCUUCAUGGCCUUGAAGGAAGGAAACGUCGAUUAUCUGAUACAGAGGUGUGUCUUCGACGAGCACGAGCACUGCGGUAACAAUCUUCUUCAUCAAAUGCUCAGCGCGCUAGAUUAUCUCGCCUCUUACGGUAUUAUCCAUCGCGAUGUUAAGCCCGCUAACAUCCUUUACACCACCUUGGGUAAACUCGACUAUCGAUAUUAUCUCACGGAUUUUGGUUUUUGCAAUUCUGUUGAUCAGGCUAGAUCAGGGGUCGGCUCGCUCAUGUAUAUGGCUCCGGAAUUGCUACAGGGGAAUCAAUUUCCGCAGACACCUAAAGCAGACAUAUGGUCUCUAUUUGUGACCCUGGCGUGGGCGGUGAAUGCGGACAAUUAUAGGAGCCAAAACCUGUUCACAGCGGAGGAAAUAGUUAGUGCGGCCCUAGAUGCCGCAAGAACGGAACGCAUGCAUCAUCUCAAAGAUAUGGCCGAAAUUGAGCCAGAUAAACGUGCUUCGUCAUCGCAGAUGCUUCUACGACACUACAACGGGAUUGGCCGAACCAUACCGCUUGAACAGGUCGAAACCACCACUUCUGCUAAGCAUACCCAGGAAGAUGUUAUCAUGGGCAGCACAAGCCCACAACUGGGAUGGCCGCCGCCCGGUCCCACAUAUCCCUCACCUCAGACCGCUUUGACCACCGGACUCGGGAUAAGUACCUUUGAUGAGCGACCUCAAUAG